AUUGAUUACGAAAGAACAAAGAUGGCUGCGCCCUUGGAGUGACGGAGUCUUCUUGAUGCUCCAUAGUUCUAGAUUUUAUAUGCAGGUAAAUUACAUAAAAAGAAUGGCAGCUGUUGAUGAAAAUACAGAAGAAAAGAAAUCGAUCUUUUUCUGGAGAAACUGGGGAAGAAAAUGUGACAGAGUGAGAAAAGAGCUGUAUGAGUGUGUGAUAGUCACUGAUUGUUGUCAAAAGGAAAGGAAGACACCUAAAGAGUGCUUAAAGGAACGACAUCCAGACGUGGAACAUUGUCAGACAUUAGUCUACUCUCUAUAUAGAUGUAAACAUGGAACU